GGUUGUCCUCGGUGAUUUAACGGUGCUGCGCAACACAGCGACAGGAGAAUACCGAUUUCUGUCCACUUGGGCCUUUUUUUCUUUUCUUUUCUUUCUCUCGGCUGCGUUUCUCGUCAGCAUAGGCGUCGAUUAAGCGGGGGCCAAAAACAAACCUAAAACAACAUUUUUCUUCGUCCGAGUUGACACGGUGUUUGUUCAGUGCGGUGAAAUGAGGCAGGGGGCGGACAGUCGCCAAAGAGACGCUGGGCUCCGGCCAAACAUUUCUGCAUGUUAGCGCCCAUGCGUCCGAUUUGCGUCGCAUUGCAUUUCAUGCAUCAUCUUCUCUAGUCGUUAUAUUUAUAUAUUUUUUCAUCUGUGUGCAAAGUGCACGGUGGAUGGAAGAUGCAGCUGCUUUGAGGACAACCCCCCUCCUUUCCCCCUCCUCCUCCUCCUCCUCCUCCUCCGUACAUCCAUCGCUGCCAUGACAGGCGGAGGUCUGCUCCCCACCGCGGCUCGGCCGGCUGGAGAAGAGGCGGAUUGAUUCGGGCCGGUGGAUCUGUCCUGCGGAUGUCAAACGCGUGAAAACGUUGCUCGGCCACCGCGAUUGUCACUCAGGGAAGAACGCCAACAUGUCCUCUCGAUCUGCAUUACCGUCUGGUAACGACAGGAGCACCGGAGACCACCAUGUAUUACUGGGGGCCAGCCGUGCAGACAAGGCUACGAGUCAGUCCAGUCGUUCUCUCGGCGCCCGGUGCAGGAACUCAAUCGCCUCCUGCUCUGACGAGCAGCCACACAUUGGCAACUAUCGUUUACUCAAGACCAUCGGCAAAGGAAACUUUGCCAAGGUCAAGUUGGCACGCCACAUCCUGACGGGCAAAGAGGUUGCAAUAAAAAUCAUAGACAAAACUCAGUUGAAUCCAACCAGCCUACAGAAGCUAUUUCGAGAGGUACGAAUAAUGAAAGGCUUGAAUCACCCCAACAUAGUGCAGCUGUUCGAGGUGAUUGAGACGGAUAAAACUCUUUACCUUAUCAUGGAAUACGCCAGCGGAGGUGAAGUGUUUGACUACCUCGUUUCGCAUGGAAGAAUGAAGGAGGUUGAAGCCAGAGCCAAAUUUCGACAGAUAGUUUCUGCUGUCCACUAUUGCCACACAAAGAAUAUUGUCCACAGAGAUUUGAAGGCGGAGAACCUCCUGCUGGAUGCAGACGCCAAUAUCAAGAUUGCCGAUUUCGGUUUCAGCAAUGAGUUCACUCUGGGCAACAAGCUGGACACGUUCUGUGGCUCACCGCCCUACGCUGCCCCCGAGCUUUUUCAGGGGAAGAAGUAUGACGGACCGGAGGUGGAUGUGUGGAGUCUCGGAGUUAUCCUGUACACGCUGGUCAGCGGCUCCCUGCCUUUUGAUGGCCAGAACCUAAAGGAGCUGAGGGAGCGUGUGCUGAGGGGAAAGUACCGUGUGCCCUUUUACAUGUCCACAGACUGUGAAGGCAUCCUUCGCCGAUUCCUGGUGCUCAAUCCCUCCAAACGCUGCACCCUAGAGCAAGUCAUGAAGGACAAGUGGAUAAAUUCAGGGUAUGAGGGUGAGGACCUAAAGCCCCAUAUAGAACCCGUUGAGGACUACAGCGACGCCGCCCGCAUCGAGGUGAUGGUCGGCAUGGGCUUCACCCCUGAGGAAAUCAAGGACUCUCUGCUCAAUCAGAAAUACAAUGAAGUCACAGCCACAUACUUACUGCUGGGCCGCAAAGGCGACGAGGGCAGCGAGGCCCGUUCAGCCAGUACGCUGUCCUUGGCAAGAGUGAGACCCAGUCCUAUUACCAACGGAACCAACAAACACUCUUCAACAACGGGCUCUUCAUCCUCUUCCACCUCCUCCUCACAUAGCAAGACACAGCGCAGUGCCUCCACUUACCACCGGCAGCGACGACAUAGCGACUUCUGCGGCCCCUCCAUGCCCGUCAUGCACCCCAAACGGAGCCCCACGAGCACAGGCGAGAGGGAGCUGCGAGAGGGACGAAUGCCUUCGCGUAAAGCUAGUUGCAGCGUGAUGGGAAGCCACAGCCUCCCUCCGUCCAGCCCAAUGGUCAGCAGCGCCAACAACCCCAACAAGUCAGAGAUCCCAGACCGCCGCAAAGACAUGACCGCCACCACAAACAACAUCCCUGGAAGCGCCAUGACCCGCCGGAAUACAUACGUUUGCACGGAUCGUUCAGGUGCUGACAGACACUCUCUCCUGCAGAAUGGCAAAGACAACAGCUCUUUGAGCCACCGCUUGCCUGCAGCCUCUCCCUCCACACUCAGCAUUUCCGGGGCCGGAGCUGCAUCUUCCUCCUCUUCUUCAGACCGGUGCCGCCUGACCCGGGGUUCCACAAUCCGCAGCACCUUUCACGGGGGGCAGCUGAGGGACCGUGGCCCUCCCAUCUACUCGGCUCCGCCCACUUCACCCACCCUGUCCCACCAUGAUGCCAGCCCGUUGCCCCAUGCUCGCACCAGGGCGACGUCCAACCUCUUCACCAAGCUGACCUCCAAACUCACUCGCAGGGUCAACCUUGACCCGUCCAAGCGCCAGGGCUCAAACAAAUCAGUGUCGGGUUGCACUCUACCCCAAGGAUCAAAAACCGUUAGGUCACAAAUGAAUCUGAGGGAAUCAGGAGAUUUGCGGUCACAAGCCAGAUUUGUCAACAGUUUCCAUUCGUCUACCUUCCCCAGUUGCCAUCUACCUGGGUAUCAAAAAGCGCCCGAGUCCCGGGCCGUCGGACGUGGCUGGGAUCUGAGAGGAAGUGGGCGACGGGACCCUGCGGAGGUGGUACUUGCUCUGCGGGAGGCAGCGCUCGGAUGUGGCUGCCAGGUACACCACGCCGGCCCUUUUCUGCUGUCCUGCACCCAUGGCGCGGCGGGGGGCUGCGUGGCUUUCGAGGCGGAGGUGUGCCACCUUUCCACGGGCGCCUCCGGGACUUCUAACGGUGUGCGCUACACGCGACUCUGGGGGGCACCUCUAGCUUUUCGGGACGUCGCCACUCAAAUAUCCAAGGAUCUUGAACUUUAAACGGAGAGUGUAUGUGUGCGUGUGCGUGUGUGAGUGUUUGUGUCUGUGUGAUUGUGAAAAGGCAAGGGGGCUGGACAAUUUUGAAAUAGUGGCGCAGACGGGGCAAGGGGCUGGACCCAAAAGAAAAGACUUACUGUCUCGUUCACCACGAACCCACACACAGAUGCGCACACAAACCAGACCCUUAAAGACACACAAACACACACUGAGGCGCCCCUCCAACCCUAUUCGCCCCUGCACCACCCCCUUCAUCACCCAGUCACCCUACAAAGCUCAGCCAUCCUCGCUGAGACGCUUUCACCCACUGGACCUGGAUCUGACUGAAUCUAGUUAAAUAUUUUUUACUACUACUCUAGCCAUAAUAAUAAUAUUUUGAUUUUUUAAAUUGAUUGCUCUGAUGGUUGUUUUUAUCCGCUGUUAUUUUUAAUAGUGAAGAAAAACAUUCAUUUUUUUGUGUUGACCUGACUAUACCAUACACUCUUUUUUUUAACCCAUAAGAACCGAGACCCAUUUGUGCUUCAAGUAAAAGUAUAUUUAAAAUAUGCCACAUACCAAGUGGAACAUAACAGAUUUUUGUACUUUGUGUUGACGCAAAUAACAUUUACAACAUAAGACGACCAACUCAUCAAGUCCUUGGCCACCAUGUUUUCUUAUAAUCAAAAAGUCGACAUACAGUGUUCCCUCACCACGCUGCGGUUAACUUACUACGGUCUCAGUGCAUUGCGGAUUAUAAAAUUGUAAAUAGGUAUUUUUAUAUUUUUAUUGUAUUAUUUUACGGCGCCAGCUCAAGCUAUCUUGCCCACGUGAAAACGUACACGGCGCAUUAUUGUCUGAUGGAGACCGACCACAGCACUGUGUUCUGUAUAUCCUCACACUACUGGCUGAUGGCGACCAACCAUAGCACUGUGUUGGAUUCUGAUUGGCUCAGUAACUGUUGCAUCAAUCUCCUCCGUUAGCAGUGUUGCUUCGUCGUGCGUUUGUGAAAUUCAAUGAAAAAUGUUUUUUGUUUCCCUUCGAUGUCGCCCAAGCUUUGGCCAGCUUGGCUGCCAUUGGCCUAAAUUAGGUUUAAUGGAUCGAUCUUCAAUUCCUUACAUAAAGGAGAAAAAAAGACAGCAGUCAGUCUGUCUUAUAACAAGACUGCAAAGAGGGUGUUAAAUUAAGGCCAUUAGUCAUUCAUCAUCAGCUAACUAUCAUCGACCUUUACCGGUGACUUCCAUAGAGAAUGUCUAUGUAAAAAUCGUGUCGGUUUAAAAGUGGUAAAAAUGGUGUGGCAAAGGGUAUUAACAGUGUGGGAAAGAUUUGUAAGAGGGUGUGUAAGGGUUUAUGAAGGCCUAAAAUGCAAACAGUAUUAAUAUCAAUCAUAGCAUCUUCUACUUUGCAUAAAUUGACCUACCAAAAGGAGGUCGGGAACAUAACUCCCGCUAUAAUCAAGGGAACACUGUACAUGAUUUGACCGCUUUUUGUCAACAUUAAUUUUUAGCUCUAAAGGGUUAAAAAAUUUUAAAUAAAUUAGUCAUUUAUUGUCGCCAUGUGUUGUAGUAUUGACGCCAUCAUUAAGCAGUGUGAAAUAACUACUCUGUAGUUUACACAGCGCUAAAAUGUGCAUACGGUGACUUCCUAUAAUUACUAAUAAUUAUUUUAGAUUGUUAGCUACCGAAAUAAAUAUUUGCACACGUACAAAAGCGUUAUUCUCAUUGUAGUCAAAGGGUACAAAAAAUUACUACAGCACUUCUGUUAAAAUAUCUGAAAAUGCAAGAAUCUUGAUAAAAAUAUGCACAAAGGGAAGAAAACCAUGUCAAGAAAGGUUUAAAAAUCUUUUAUUAUUGCCCAUCUCUUUACGUCUCUGGACAAAGUCACACGUAAAUGUGAACGCAAUUGCUAGUUUUGGUUUCAGUCAGAAGCCAGUCUGCGAAGCGUCAACAUAAUCGGGUGCCACUGUAUCAACUCAAAAUAAUUUGAACAGCAAAAUGUAUUGACUGUCUUAUUAGCAUUUUUGCUUUCCAUUGCAUAUUUUCCUAGCUUGUUUUAUAAUCAUUUAUUGGAUAAAUGUUGUAAGAAAAGUUGAAUUGUAAUAUUUGACACCCUAUUAAAGCGUUGUUAAUUGGCUUUAAAGUGAUCCUUAAUGGAAAAAGUAGGUUUUUGGAAGUAAGCGAGCAGAGGGAGCCUAGUCGAGCACAAUGCUGCGUAGAGUGCAUUUAUGGACAUUUAAAGUGUUGGUGACAUGGGCUCUUAUGGGUUAAAAUAUUCAUGUCUGUCCAUCUUUACAUAUACACCAUUCUAUUUUUCAUUCACUUUUACGGUAGACAUGAAAUGUAGGGAUGUGGAGCUGACCAUGUGUCGGAAAGUCAUCAGGGUUGCAUUGUUUUGCUGAGUUAGUCGACAUCGCUCUGUACGUCAGUGACGACUGGACUGGAUUAAGGUCAAUGGGAGCAGGGUUGACCGGUCAAAGACUAACUAACACUAAAUGAGUCUGUGACGUCUUCGGCUUAACGAGCUGGCGUGUGCGCUUUAGCCGAUUGGUCCAUGUAGAAAAUACAUGAAACGAACCCAAAAGGGUGGUGUGAGUGCAGUUUAUUGUAGGACUUAUCACAAUGCAUUACAUGCAUAGGUUCAUAUCCACCUUUAACACUGGCCUCGGACUUGUUUUUGUUGAAUGGAUGUCGUUUAGCUGAAAAUGGCAGAGAAAAAUUGUCAGCCAUGUGUUAAAUAGUAUACGCUUUUAUCAUUAGUGGUACAAUUUUCAAAAAAAUCUAUUCAUAACCUUCUAAAUUUUUUCGAAAAGGAGUAGGAAGGAGCAGAGCUGAUUUAAUCCUACCCAAUUUUCCAUACCUCAGCAAUUUACUGAUAGACUGUGUAUGCAAAGGUCGUGAAUGUGGGAUAAAUACAUCUACAAAUAAGUAAGUAGGCCAUUUCACUGAAUCGGUGCCAUUAGCUUGUUGUAAUGGUCUCGAAACAAAUGUGAAUUUCUGGGAUUUUUCAACUCUAAAAAUCUACCCAAAACAACUUUUAUUGGACCUUUGACGUGGUUCCGAAGCCGACAUUGGCUCAUUUAAGGGGUCAUGUUAUGAUAGUUUUUUAGGUUUACAUAACAUGUAAUGGUGGUUCUUUAGUCAAAAUUCUGCAUAGAUCAUUAAAGUUAAAGUUAAAGUACCAA